AACCUAAAAAAUUGAUCCACCAUCAUCGUCCCCGAACUCAAAUCUUGAAAGGGUUCUUUCAAAUCUUUCAUGUCAACAACCACCAUAUAUCUCAUCUUCAUAUUCUCUCUCUUCAUUCCUCCACACCCAGCCACCGCCGAUCAGUCAUUUAUCUCGCUCCUCAUAACCCAAAACGGCCUUGAUUUCGUCAAGGAUUUGCUCAUAUCGGAAGCGAUUUCUCUACUGACACCCCUCUGGCUUACCAAAAUCGAAAGGACCAUUAAAAUCCCAGUGGUUGGUAAAGUGCAUAUUGCUCUUUCAGACAUCACUGUCAAUCGGGUCAAUAUCGGGUCAUCAUACAUCAAACCCAGUGUCACAGGUGUUUCAAUUGAUGGGUCAGAGGUCACCUGUGAGUUGAAUAUGAAAUGGCAUUAUUCUUACGGUACUUGGCUUGCCCCAAUUUCAAUUUCAGAUGGUGGGACUGCUUCCGUUCAGGUUAAUGGUGCCGGAGUUGGUUUAACACUAGGCUUGGAUAAUCAAGAAGGAUCUUUGAAACUUUCGACCAUCGAAUGUAAUUGCCAUAUACGUGAUAUCUCCAUAGACCUAGAUGGAGGAGCAUCUUGGCUCUAUCAAGGGAUAGUCGAUGCUUUGGAAGAACAAAUAGCGUCAGCCAUAGAAAAAGCAAUCACCGAGAAACUGAAGACAGGAGUUUCAAAGCUCGGAUCUUUUCUGCAAGCUCUUCCAAAACGAAUUCCAGUGGAUGAUAUUGCCGCAUUGAAUGUUACCUUUGUUAAUGACCCUUUCUUGAGUGAUGAUUCAUUAGGGUUCGAGAUAAAUGGGUUAUUCAUCGAAUCUAAAAAAGACACACUUUCACGCCGCAAAGCUUUACUCCCACCAGUUUCUUGUUCAGAUUCCUCAAAAAUGGUUGGAAUUGCACUAGACGAAGCUGUUUUCGUGUCUGCAGCAGCCUUAUACUAUAACGCUAUGUUUAUGCAUUGGGUUGUGGAUAAAGUUCCUGAACAAUCUCUUCUGAAUACGGCUGGAUGGAGGUUUAUUGUUCCCCAACUCUACAGGAAAUACCCGAAUGCUGAUAUGAAUUUGGACAUCUCUCUGUCUGAUCCUCCGGUUGUGCAGAUAUUGUGGCAGAAUAUUGAUGCUACCGUUUAUGCAGAUUUGAUCAUAGAUGUUCUUGAAGGCGAUGAGACGAUACCCGUUGCUUGUAUCUCGUUGGUAAUUGCUGGCACUGGUUCAGUUGAAGUUAUCGGAAAUAAUCUUGCUGGUCAUUUGAGACUGGAUGAUUUCACGAUGUCGUUGAAAUGGAGCAAGAUUGGCACCUUGCACAUGUUUCUGGUUCAGCCGGUGAUGUGGACACUGAUCGAAACUGUUUUCAUGCCAUAUGUGAAUGCACAGCUUGGGAACGGAUUCCCGCUACCUAUAAUCCAUGGGUUUACGCUUCAAAAUGCCGAGAUAGUAUCCACAGAUUCUAGAAUCACAGUCUGCAGCGACGUCACUUAUCAAGAAUCGUUUGAUCGUAGCAGCUACGCUUCAUAGACCUUGAACCCAAGCUUGUAUAUUAUGCACAUUCUUCUUGAAUUUAACUUUCGAAACAUAAUGUAAAAUUUUCAUCCAGUUGAACGAGAAAACUAUUAUGUUGUCGUCCAACAUCUUUGCAGAAUGAAUCGGAGAUAUAGGUUCGACUUCAGACA